AUGGAAGCUUCACGAGGCCCUCCGCGGGUCAAAAACAAGGCCCCAGCGCCCCAGCAGAUAUCCGCUGAACAGCUUCUCCGCGAAGCUGUGGACCGUCAAGAACCCGCCCUUCAAGCUCCUACACAGCGGUUCGCCGAUCUCGAAGAGUUACAUGAAUACCAAGGCCGGAAACGCAAGGAGUUCGAGGAUUAUGUGCGACGCAACAGGAUUAGCAUGAACAAUUGGAUGAGAUAUGCACAGUGGGAGUUAGAACAGAAGGAAUUUCGACGUGCGAGGUCAGUGUUCGAGCGGGCCUUGGACGUCGACCCAACUGCUGUGGUAUUAUGGAUACGUUAUAUCGAGGCGGAGAUGAAGACGAGGAACAUCAACCAUGCCCGGAAUUUGCUUGAUCGCGCGGUGACAAUCCUCCCCCGGGUAGACAAGCUCUGGUAUAAAUAUGUCUAUAUGGAGGAGAUGUUGGGUAACAUUCCGGGCACGCGCCAGGUGUUUGAGCGAUGGAUGUCAUGGGAGCCCGAUGAAGGUGCCUGGGGUGCCUAUAUUAAGCUUGAAAAGCGAUACAACGAAUUUGAUCGAGUCCGGGCGAUUUUCGAGCGUUUCACUGUUGUCCAUCCGGAGCCGAAGAAUUGGAUUAAAUGGGCACGGUUUGAAGAGGAGUAUGGAACCAGUGAUAUGGUGAGAGAGGUCUACGGCCUAGCCAUUGAGACUUUGGGCGAGGAUUUCAUGGAUGAGAAGCUUUUUAUUGCCUACGCACGCUACGAAGCUAAGUUGAAAGAAUUUGAGCGGGCCAGAGCUAUCUAUAAAUAUGCGCUUGACCGACUACCACGUGCGAAAUCUGUUGCUUUGCACAAGGCCUACACCACCUUCGAGAAGCAAUUCGGUGAUCGGGAGGGCGUUGAAGACGUCAUCCUUUCUAAACGAAGGGUUCAGUAUGAGGAACAAAUCAAAGAGAACCCAAAGAACUACGAUAUCUGGUUUGACUUCGUCAGGCUCGAGGAGUCUUCCGGAGAUGUGGAGCGUGUGCGGGAUGUCUACGAACGCGCCAUUGCUCAGAUGCCUCCCUCGCAAGAAAAACGGCAUUGGCGUCGAUAUAUUUACCUUUGGAUAUUUUACGCUCUCUGGGAGGAGCUUGAAGCUAAGGACAUGGAACGUGCGCAUCAAAUUUACCAGGAAUGUAUAAGGUUGAUUCCCCACAAGAAAUUCACUUUUGCGAAGAUCUGGUUGAUGAAGGCACAAUUCGAAAUUCGACAAAUGGACCUUCAGGCUGCUAGAAAGACACUUGGCCAUGCAAUUGGUGCCUGUCCUAAGGAUAAGCUAUUCAAAGGCUAUAUCGACUUAGAGCGGCAGUUAUUUGAGUUUGUUCGAUGCAGGAAGCUCUUUGAGAAACAAAUUGAAUGGAGCCCUUCAAAUUGCCAAGCAUGGAUCAAGUUUGCGGAGCUCGAACGAGGACUUGAUGAUAUUGAUCGAGCACGCGCCAUAUACGAGCUGGGUAUCUCCCAGCCUGUUCUCGACAUGCCCGAGUUGCUGUGGAAGUCAUAUAUUGACUUUGAAGAGUAUGAGGGAGAGUAUGAUAGAACAAGGGCACUCUAUGAACGCCUCCUCGAGAAGACGAAUCACGUCAAAGUCUGGAUCAAUUUCGCACGAUUCGAAAUUAAUAUACCCGAAGGGGAAGAAGAAGAUGAGGAUGAGGAAGAGAAGCCGGUUAGUGAAGAGGCGAAGCGCCGGGCCCGAAUGGUCUUUGAGCGAGCGCAUAAAGUAUUUAAGGAGAAGGAGAUGAAAGAAGAACGAGUCGCUCUUCUCAAUGCAUGGAAAUCAUUCGAACAGACGCACGGAUCACCAGAUGACAUCGCCAAGAUUGAACGACAGAUGCCUAGCAAGGUCAAGAAGAGACGCAAGCUGGAUGAUGAUCGCUAUGAAGAAUACUUGGAUUACAUGUUCCCUGCGGAUGACGAGUCGUCAGCUAAACUGUCACAGAUUCUUCAGAUGGCGCACAAAUGGAAGAAGGAGCAGGCGAGUAAGGCCAGUAAGGAGACGUGA